UUUGAGUGUGUAUUGAACGAUGUGGCGGCGUUUCCUGGUGGAGCGGACGCGGAGACCAUAGAGAUGAUGACGGAUCGCAGAGCGUUAGAGCUUGAGGAAGGAGAGGAUAUAGAUAUGGAAGUAAUGAAACCAUUAAUUAAGGAUGAACAGAAUUCUGAUGGGGUCUCAGAUGAAGAUUUCGAUAUUCAAAGACAUUACCACAAUGGAAAUGAGAAUGGCUUGACAUUUGUGCAAACACUUAUUCAUCUGCUGAAAGGAAACAUAGGCACAGGACUUUUAGGGCUUCCGCUUGCUAUGAAAAAUGCAGGGAUUUUGGUGGGCCCCAUAAGUCUGCUAUUUUUUGGAAUUAUAUCUAUUCAUUGUAUGAACAUAUUGGUCAAUUGUAGCCACUUCCUCUGCCAAAGAUAUAAAAGACCAAAUUUAGGCUACAGUGAAACAGUCAGCCUUGCCCUUGAAGUGGUGCCGUUGAGUUGCCUCCAACAACAAUCUGUGAUGGGAAAGAAACUUGUGGACUCAUUUCUAGUGAUCACACAGUUGGGAUUUUGCAGUGUUUAUUUCGUAUUUUUAGCAGAAAAUGUAAAGCAAGUUUGUGAAGCUUUUUCUAUCAGUCAUCCGCAACACAUGGAAGCUGGGUGGAGUCUAGAUCUUGAUUUACGACUUUUAUAUGCUAGUUUUCUUCCAUUCAUGAUUCUACUUGUUUUUAUUCGGGAUCUGAAGAACUUAUCAAUAUGUUCAUUCUUGGCAAACCUUUCUAUGGCAAUCAGUCUAGUCAUAGUUUACCAGCAUGUUUUAAGAAAUUUGUCAGACCCUCGCAUACUACCUUUAUCAACUAGUUGGAAGAAGUAUCCACUGUUUUUUGGAACUGCCAUAUUUGCUUUCGAAGGAAUAGGAGUGGUGUUGCCAUUGGAAAACAGAAUGAGAGAUAAAAAAGAAUUCAGAAAAACUUUGAAUAUUGGCAUGUCAGUAGUUACUGUUUUGUACGUCUCCCUUGCUACACUUGGAUACCUUUGCUUUGGAGAUAAAAUCAAAGGCAGCAUAACUCUGAAUAUGCCCCAGGAUUCAUGGUUAUAUCAGCUGGUAAAAAUAUUGUAUUCUUUUGGGAUUUUUGUGACCUACGCAAUUCAAUACUAUGUUCCAGCAGAGAUCAUAAUGCCAACUGUUACAGCCAAAGUGCCAAAAAAGUGGAAGCUCUUGCUUGAAUUCACAGUAAGAUCGAUCUUAGUCUGCAUUACCUGUGCCAUCGCAAUUUCAAUACCGAGACUUGAUUUGGUGAUAUCAUUUGUGGGCGCUGUGGGCAGCAGUACGUUAGCUCUCAUCCUUCCACCUCUGGUAGAGAUAAUUACAUUUUACAAAGAAAAUUUAAGCCCGUGGGUCAUUGCAAAGGAUAUUACCAUAGCCAUCAUUGGAUUUGUUGGAUUUUUAAUGGGAACUUAUGUAACAAUUGAAGAAAUUAUUUACCCUACUAUUUUGCAACCAUCAAAUGUUACAGAAAGUACAUUUCGUGAACGUAACGCUACUUAUUUUGGAGCUCAUUAAGCAGUACUCUUCAGAACGUUUUUUUUGUAUUUCAGAUAACAAACGGAAAAAUAAUGGUUUAUUUUAGAACUGUACUGUAUUUUCUUUUUCAUUUUUUGAGCUUUGUAAUAUUUUUACUGUAUUUUUUGUAUGCAUUAUGUUUUAUUAGGAAUAUUUUCUUAAUAUAACAGAAGUUUUAUUUUGUAUUUUUGAUAUUGUAGACUAUAAAAUUCAAUGUCAAAUAAUUAUGUCACUGUUUGUUAUAUUUUAGAUCAAGUUUAAUUCAUCAGUUGUAAUGAAGAUGUGCUAUAACUCACUUUUAAAUAUAGAUAUAAAAUUCUAAUACCCCGCGCUCCUCCGGCCACUUAAAAAGUAAACUUUUCUAUGAGCCAACGGUUUGAACUGUUCUCCAAUCAGCGCUCUCCCCAUACAGCACUUUUGUUGUAGCUAGAGCGUUGAUUGGAGAAUAAUUCAAACAGUUCACAGAAAAAAAUGUCUUUCCAAGUGUGUCGCGGAGCGUGUGGGGAUUUGAAUUUUAUAUCUAUAUAAAAAGUAAGUUAUAGCGCAUCUUCAUUACAACUGAUAAAUUAAACUCCAUCUAAAAUAUCACUAUCAUUCCAGAUCUGAAUUUAAAAAGUGUAGAGUUUACCAUCACUUUAAAUUAAUAAUAUAUUUAUAAUAGAGAUUUUUAAAAUAAUUUGAGACACCUACUGCCCAAUCAGGCACAACCUCUGAGAAAGCACUUAUAAAACUGAAAAAACCAACAGACCAUUGAGAGACCAAAUAUUUAUAGUUUAAAUCCCAACUCUGACAUGAUUUGGCAAAUCAGAAAGCUCUUGUCUGUGUUCCAAUUGGAAUUUUUCUACUAGUUAUUAAUUUUAAGUAGCCUCUUGAUUUUUUUGAUAUUUCAUCUUCAUAAAAGCAAUCAAUGCAAAAUUGUAAAAUGUUCUUAAAAGUACUCAUUGUGGUUAUUUAAACAUUACGUUUGCAGAUAAAUUUAGUUUGAUAUACUAACUCAAAAUAUAGGUGUUUGGUGUCACAUUUUAAACAAGGAUCUUAGAAUGAGCUUAAAACUUUAUGAUCUGAUUAUAUUGCAUUACUGAAUGGAAAAAAACAUUAUAGUCUCUAUCACAAUCUAUCAAUAUCAGCUCUUUUUCGUUCUUUUCAAUUCAGCGCGACCACAGUAAAGUGUUUUUGGGUGAUACAUAGACUCACAAACAAGUUUUUGGAUUCUUAAUAAAAGCUCUAUUUCUCCUAUGGGGCCAAAA